AUGGAAAGUAUAUUGUAGUUGUGGUAAAAUACUAUUACAACAACAACUACUACUACUACUACCACUACCUCUACUACUACUACAAACUACUACUACUAUAACGAGACGAGUCCUGGAAAAGACCUUCAUGCAUGAUUCUAACAACUUGUUUUUGGAAAUCAAAUGGACUAUUAGCCGUCGGAUUCGGAAACAUCAAAUAGUUGUUCUUCUUUAGAAGAUUCACACCUGCUGGUUCCCAUAUUAUAUCUUUUUUAAUGUAAGCCUAUAGUUUUACAAUAGUAAGUAGCACACUACCAAGGGAGAACAUCACUUGGUAGGUUACUUGCCGCGCAAGGCAGGAUAUGACAUUUGUUUGCUGAUGCGUAAGCGGGGUCCAAUCUUUUGAAAACCGCCAUAGAUAUUAUAGGCUACACUUUCUGCAGCCCUGACCUAAAAUGACUUCAGACAUCCGAUGACGAUAUUAAUUGGAGGUAAACCUGUGCACUUCGUAGCGCUUGGUCCUUAACAGCCUCCCCAUUCCUCGCGCGCGCUAAUCCUUAAACGGUUGCGGGAUUGCGCACGGUAUCAAUGGCUAUACUGAGUACUCCUCAUUAACUCACAUUUAACUCAUAUCCGUAACCCGGACAAUUCACAGAAGAAUGCCCAAUCUCUUGAAGAUUUACGAUGACGGAGAACAGUGAGAUGGAGAUCGAGACGCAGCUCCAACGCUCGCCAAGCAACAUGUCCAUCACACCGGUGUCCAAGCUCCAGCGCCUGAAGCGAUCGCUCUCCUUCAAGACCCUGAUGCGCAGCAAGAGUGUGGAGAACUUCUUCCAGAGGUCCUACAGCGAUGCCCGCCUCCCCCCGGACUUCAUCACCGACCCCCCGCCCCCCUCCCCGCCCCUGCUGCCGGGGUCUCCGCUCGCCAGUGACCACACGCCGUCCCGCUCCCCGUCGCUCAGCCCCAACCCCUCCCUCUGCUCUCACUCCCCGUCUCUAUGCCCCUCCCCCUUGCUGACCUCCAAGGCCCCACCCCCGGCGCGCACCCUGCCGCUGGUGACCCACUCCUUCCAGGAGCACGUGUUCCGCAAGCCGACCCACUGCCAGCUCUGCAAGCACCUGAUCGUGGGUAAUUCUAAACAAGGUCUUCGGUGUAAAACCUGCAAGAUGGGUGCUCACCUGUGGUGCACUUCAGAAUUAUCCCAGCAGCCGUGCAAUGGAAAGUCUGGGGGAGGGGCUUUCAAGCGAAACUUCAGCUCUCCCAUGCUGGUCAAUGAACAACUGGCUGUCGUCAAAGAGGUGCAGCCCCCCCAAGAGACAGGGCGGCCGCGUGGCGUAGACCCUGUGUAUGCAGCCCUGCGUUACGGGACAUCGCUGGCACAGAUGAGCCGCUCCAGUUUUGGGAGUGUGUCCGAGUCGCCCACGCACAGCCAGGGGGAAGGAGGUGAAGGAGGUGAAGGAGGUGAAGGAAAUGAAGAGGGGGAGUACAGACAGAAUAGCACGGAGGAGGAGAUUCCACUGGUGACGGGGGAUCUGCCUCUGUAUGAACAUGACAAGACUGAAGUUGGAGGCAGUGAACCACUCCCAGAGCCUGUGGAGGAAACCAGCGUGAAGGUGCCUCGGUGUAUCGAGGUUCACUCUAUCCACACAUAUGUGGCUCUCUACAGGUUCCUGCCCCAGGAGAACCAUGACCUGGGACUGGAGCCUGGUGAUCGUGUGUUGGUCACAGAUGAUUCUAAUGAAGAAUGGUGGAAGGGGAAGUGCGGAGACAAGGUGGGAUUCUUCCCGGCUAACUUCGUCCAGAGGGUGCGCCCGGGCGAGAGAGUGUGGAGGGUCACCCAAUCAGUCCCUGCCAGUCGAGGGUUGGGUCACAUGGCGGUGAAGGAGGACCAGAUCUGUGUGGGGAAGAAUGAGGGCAGUGAAGGCUUCUUGAAGCUGUCCAGUGGGAAGAAGAGAGGACUGGUCCCUGCCAUAUCCAUUGAGGAGAUCUAACCUCGGCCUCAACACCAGCCCCUGUCUCUCUCUCUCUCUCUCUCUCUCUCUCUCUCUCUCUCUCUCUCUCUCACUGUCCAGCACGCUGACACGUUCCCACAGGCCCAUUCAUGGCCUGAUGAGGCCAGCCAGUCCAGGGGGCGAAGCGACGACACCCCUCCAACCCACCUCAUUGUGAGGCCCACCUCCCAACCACACAGACUGGGGAGCGGGGACAGCCAAGCUUGUCAGGGCAGGCGACGCGGAGGACACCACAGCCAUGCCCACGCAGAGAUUGUCUCCACUCCAAAAUAGCUACACCAGUAAAUGGUGGGUUUUUCUCCCACAGGGCAGUGGCCUCGUGUUGUGGAGGCCCAGCCCUCUAGUGACCCCAUGUGUUCCUGAUGAAGGUUACAUUAGUGUAUUAGUGAACUGGGUUUAACUGUUAGGGUUUAAGGACCAGAUCACAGAGUGCUGUGGACUCUAGUUACCAUGAGGAGUGUGAGUGUGUUUUCUGUCUGGUGGCUCUGAUCAGACCGGUCCCUUUUCCGUCCUCUACGGGCCGGAUCAUGCGAGUCUGGAGGAAGGCAGGAUUAGUCGUGAAGGAGGACUACUUGGUGUGUGUACUUGUGUUGAGCGUGGCUGUAGUGUUCCUGGACAAAGCAUAAUAGACAGCCUCUCUGAUUGACCUGUGCCAGGUCAGUGAUUACAACAUGACAGACGGGUGUGGACUGUGACAUUAGCGGUCUGCUGAGGUGAGCUGAAGGUGCUGUUGGAACGGCGUACAUCUGUGAGAUUUUCAGGACUGAUUGUGAUUGGAUGUGUCCUUUUUUUUGGGGGGGGGGGGUGGGGGGCUUGCACGUCCGCUCUUCGUUUUCCUUUGUCUCUCUCUCUCUCUUCCAUCUUCCUCACUUUUCACGUUGCUUUCCUGGCUGGGAUUUGACUUCAGCUUAAUUUAGACUGGCACAGAACUCUCCCGCUUUGCAAGGACGGACAGACGGGCGGCAGUGGAGAGAGUACAACCUGGUCUAACUCAACCGUCAGCAGAGGACAGGACGAUCAACGUUUAUCACGACACAAAAUCUGAUUCUAUCUGAAUGACCUUUGACCUGGCCUUCAGCAAGUUCCAGAAGGCCAUCGAUGUGAGCCCCAUCAUUUUAUUGUACAGGUGGUGCUUAAAGCUCACACUUUAGAUAUAAUAUUUUUUCCACGUCCUACUUAGGAAAUGUCAAUUUGAUUCAAUUUGAUUUGGAUGGGGAAUGCUUAGAUAAAUUGUUCAGUGUUUUCCAUUGUAUCAGUAGUGUCUGAAUAGUCCAGACUGUACCAAACAUCUAGGAAUAGAGCUGUAUACAAACAUUACAAAUGGAGCAUCAACUCCAAUUGUUUUUAGGAACUGUUCCAAAUGUUUAAUGUUUCUGGGUAGAAAUUAGCAUCCAGCCACUGAGGAGCUGUGGAUGAUGUAGUCUGUUGUCUGUUUGUGGUUCACGACUGGUCAACAAAUAAGAGCCAAGAGCCUGCAUGCUGGAAAGCCAACAGAUGAACUGGCUACGCUUUUGUGACAGCCGGACUUAAUCCCACUGCUCUGAGGGGACUGAAAUGUGGAGGGAUAUAGAAGUAUGUGGAGAGACUUGGACCAAGGAGGUCCAAGGUGUUCAAUCAUCACAACCAUCACAAAUCAAUCAUGUGUCUGUAUGCAGGAUUUUUCACCUAUGUUUGCCUAACUCACCAUUGAUGAAAUGCCAGUUCUCCCUCUCUCACCCUCCCUCCCCAGUUCUCCCUCUCUCACCCUCCCUCCCCAGUUCUCCCUCUCACCCUC